GAUCCCGGACGCGGCCGCCCGGGCCCGCAGGCGGGGGGGAUCAGCGCGGGGACAGUGCCACCAUGGAGUUCCGCCAGGACGAGUUUCGGAAGCUAGCAGGUCGUGCCCUGGGGAAGCUGCAUCGUCUUCUGGAGAAGCGACAGGAGGGCGCUGAGACUUUGGAGCUGAGCGCCGAUGGACGCCCAGUGACCACGCAGACCCGGGACCCUCCCAUUGUAGACUGCACCUGCUUCGGCCUCCCACGGCGCUACAUCAUCGCCAUCAUGAGUGGGCUGGGCUUCUGCAUCUCCUUUGGCAUCCGCUGCAAUCUGGGCGUGGCCAUCGUUUCCAUGGUCAACAACAGUACGACCCACCGCGGGGGCCACGUGGUGGUGCAGAAAGCCCAGUUCAGCUGGGAUCCCGAGACUGUCGGCCUCAUACACGGCUCCUUUUUCUGGGGCUACAUUGUCACUCAGAUUCCUGGAGGAUUUAUCUGCCAAAAAUUCGCAGCCAACAGGGUCUUCGGCUUCGCUAUCGUGGCUACCUCCACUUUGAAUAUGCUGAUCCCUUCAGCUGCCCGCGUCCACUACGGCUGUGUCAUCUUCGUGAGGAUCCUGCAGGGGUUGGUGGAGGGGGUCACGUAUCCGGCUUGCCACGGGAUCUGGAGCAAAUGGGCCCCGCCCUUAGAGAGGAGUCGCCUGGCUACAACAGCAUUUUGCGGUUCCUAUGCUGGGGCUGUGGUCGCGAUGCCCCUCGCGGGGGUCCUGGUGCAGUAUUCCGGAUGGAGCUCAGUUUUCUACGUCUACGGCAGCUUCGGGAUCUUCUGGUACCUGUUCUGGUUGCUCGUCUCCUACGAGUCCCCGGCCCUGCAUCCCAGCAUCUCGGAGGAGGAGCGCAAAUACAUCGAGGACGCCAUCGGGGAGAGCGCCAAGCUCAUGAAUCCCCUCACGAAAUUUAAUACACCCUGGAAGCGCUUCUUCACGUCCAUGCCGGUCUACGCCAUCAUCGUGGCUAACUUCUGCCGCAGUUGGACUUUCUACCUGCUCCUCAUCUCCCAGCCCGCCUACUUUGAAGAAGUGUUCGGCUUCGAGAUUAGCAAGGUGGGCCUCGUGUCAGCGCUGCCGCACCUGGUCAUGACCAUCAUCGUGCCCAUAGGAGGCCAGAUCGCCGACUUCUUGAGAAGCCGCCGUAUCAUGUCCACUACCAACGUGCGCAAAUUGAUGAACUGCGGGGGCUUCGGCAUGGAGGCCACAUUGCUGCUGGUGGUGGGAUACUCGCACUCCAAGGGCGUGGCCAUCUCCUUCCUGGUCCUGGCUGUGGGCUUCAGUGGCUUUGCCAUCUCUGGGUUCAACGUGAACCACUUGGACAUCGCCCCUCGCUACGCUAGCAUCCUCAUGGGCAUCUCCAAUGGCGUAGGCACGUUGUCGGGUAUGGUGUGUCCCAUCAUCGUGGGCGCCAUGACCAAGCACAAGACUCGUGAGGAGUGGCAGUAUGUAUUUCUCAUCGCCUCCCUGGUGCACUAUGGGGGUGUCAUCUUCUACGGGGUCUUCGCUUCUGGAGAGAAGCAGCCGUGGGCAGAGCCCGAGGAGAUGAGUGAAGAGAAAUGUGGCUUCGUGGGCCACGACCAGCUGGCUGGAAGUGACGAAAGUGAAAUGGAGGAUGAGGCAGAGCCUCCGGGAGCACCCCCUGCUCCCCCUCCUUCCUAUGGGGCCACACACAGCACAGUUCAGCCUCCAAGGCCCCCACCCCCUGUCCGGGACUACUGACUGUGUGCCUCCCACUGAAUGGCAGUUUCAGGACCUCUAACUCUAUAUGCCUCAGGCUUGAGCGACAGUGUCAAGGAAGUCCCCUCCUCUCUGUACGCCUCAGGCCUAAGCACUCUCCCUCGUUGCCAGUGCAAGUGCAGUCCAUUCUCCCUUCCCAGCUGCCGCUCAGGAGAGGUGAAACUGCGUGCUGGCAGUUUCAAGGAUACCCAGAUUUCCCCUAAGGUUUUCCUUCUCCCCGUGUUCUGCCUCAGUGGUUUUGAAUCUCUCCUUUUCAGGGUUUUAGUUUUAUUUGGAUGGACAGUUAACUUCUUUCUCUCGUGGUUUUGAGGCAUCCUUCCCUCCCGCUUUCCCGGAACCCCAGGAAUUCUCAGGCUAACCCCUGAGGUUAUCAGCCCCUUCUCCCCAGAAAACCUCAAGAUCAUCUUCUGUCGGCUCUUCAACUCACGUAACUAAGUCUUCUACAUUUCCUAGGUUGCUUUAACCAGUCAUCAUCCCCGCCAUUCCAGGAUUGAUUCUCACCAGCGUUUCUGAGGGAAAAUGGCGGUUUCAAGUUUCUCCACUUCUUACUUGGCUCCUCCCCUUCUCACCAGCACAUUCUGCUGAAAAACCAAAUUGCCCAGCCUUGUCCUUAGUUUAGUACAAUGUCUAGGGAAUCAACCAAAACGGCAGAUUUGAUUAUGCCUGCCCCCCCGUGCACUUUUUCUGACUGGGUUUUCAGGUCUAAAUAGUGGCUGCUCGAAUCUAUUAAUUCAGUGAUUUGAAACCAUCGCCACUUCUCCGUGGUGGUUUCAAGAUGUCUCUAUCCCCUACCCAAAAAAAAAAAAAAAACAAAAAAAAAAACCAACUUGCACUUUAUUCUCCUGGGUGGUUCCAAGCUACCCUGUUUCUCAGUGGCCAUUUGUUGUGUCCCUCAGGGGCUAAAACGACUCCAAAUCUGGGAUGCUUCCCUCAACAAUACCCCUCUUUCGGCAUAGAAUUUGGGGCACAUAGGUAGUGUAAGUUACAGAAUCCCAGCAAAGUGACUGGGGUUGGGAAAAGGGGAUGGCCUGGGGCAGGCCUUGUCUUGGUGUGUCUGUCUCUGUGACCGUAAAUCCUGCCCCACCCCACUCCCAAUAAACGCUUCCGUGUACUGA